AAAAAAAAGACGGUCGAGGAAACUUAUCAGAAAAUGUCGCAGCUCGAGCAUAUCCUCAUUCGUCCCGACACCUACAUCGGCUCAGUGGAGCCUCACACCAAGCUCAUGUUUAUCUUGGAGGACGAUAAGAUUAUCGAAAAAGAAAUCACCUACACUCCAGGUCUUUUCAAGAUUUUUGACGAAAUUGUUGUCAACGCAGCAGAUAACAAACAGCGCGACCCGAACAUGGAUAAGCUUGAUGUGACUAUAAAUGCCGAAGAGAAUGUCAUUUCUAUUCAGAACAACGGAAAAGGUAUUCCAAUCGUGAUGCAUAAGGAACACGGCAUUUAUGUGCCAGAACUCAUUCUAGGACACCUUUUGACGGGCUCCAACUUUGAUGACGGAGAAAGGAAAACAACAGGUGGACGAAAUGGAUAUGGUGCCAAAUUAGCGAACGUAUUUAGCACGGAAUUCGUCGUAGAAUGUGCGGAUACGGAAAACGGGCUCAAGUACCGCCAGGUAUUUCGAGAAAACAUGAAGCAAAAGGACAAACCAGUAGUCAAGGCGCUCACAGCCAAAGAAAUGAAGGCUGCGGACUACGUCAAAAUCACCUUUAGUCCCGAUUUAGAGCGCUUCAAAAUGGAUCGUUUGGACGAAGACACAGUCGGUCUCCUGUCCAAACGUGCCUACGAUAUUGCGGGAACCAUGUCUCAGAGCAGUGGCAAGAAACUUCUCGUCUCCCUCAAUGGCAAAAAACUUCCAAUUAAGUCUUUCAAAGAUUUCAUAGGCGUAUUUGAGGGAAUUAACAAGCCGUCCGCGUUCGAAACGGUACGUCUUGCAAAUUCUGAUCGCUGGGAGGUUGGUGUUGCCGCUUCCGACGAUGCGGCGAUGAAACAGGUUUCGUUCGUCAACUCGAUUUCGACGUCCAAAGGAGGCACCCACGUUCAGUACAUCGCAGAUCAAGUGGCCUCUCACUUGGCCAAAGCCAUUACCAAGAAAAACAAGAAAGGUGGGGAGGUGAAGGCGUCGUUUAUCAAAAAUCAUUUGGCGAUUUUUGUCAACUGUUUGAUAGAAAAUCCCGCCUUCGACAGCCAAACCAAGGAAUUCAUGACGAGCAAACCCAAGGACUUUGGUUCCACCUGUAAGCUCUCAGACAGCUUCUUGAAAAAGCUCGAGAAAAGUGCAAUCGUUGAGAAUGUACUAGCAUUUAGUCAGUUUCGGGAUCGUCAAGCCUUGAAAAACAAAAGCGGUAAGAAGAAGGCCAAACUCACUGGUAUCGACAAGCUCGAUGACGCCAACUUUGCAGGGACGGCAAAGUCAAAAGAUUGCACUCUCAUCAUCACAGAGGGAGACUCAGCCAAGUCGUUGGCCAUGGCGGGCUUAUCAGUCAUUGGACGUGACUAUUACGGAGUCUUUCCCCUUCGUGGGAAACCAUUGAACGUCCGUGAUGCUCCCAUCAAGGCCGUCACCAGCAACGAAGAGAUCAAAAACGUGGUUGAGAUAAUGGGUCUAAAGUUUCAGACAGUGUACGAUGAAACGAAUAUCAAGCAACUCCGUUAUGGACAUUUGAUGAUUAUGGCGGAUCAGGAUAAUGAUGGGUCACACAUCAAGGGUUUGAUCAUUAAUUUUAUUCACAACUUUUGGCCGAGCCUGCUCGAUAUUCCUGGAUUCCUCCAACAGUUUAUCACACCGAUUGUCAAGGUAUCGAAAGGCCAAAAAUCCCAGUCGUUUUUUAAUUUACCAGAGUACGAGAAUUGGCUGGAAUCAACGGGAAAAAACGGACACGGAUGGAAAAUCAAGUACUACAAAGGGUUGGGAACUUCAACGAGCGCUGAGGCAAAGGAGUACUUUUCCAAUUUAGACCUUCACGAAGUCCUUCCAGACACAGUGCAGUCUGGCAAUGACCUCAUCGACAUGGUUUUUCGCAAAAAUCGUGUGGAAGAUCGCAAACAAUGGUUGAACGCCAUUGCUAAGGAUACGUUCCUCAACUAUUCGGAAGUAUCCAAGGAAGGGGUAAUGUAUUCAGAAUUUAUCAACCGUGAAUACAUUUUGUUUUCAAAAAGUGAUAACGAACGCUCUAUACCUCAUCUAUUGGAUGGCUUUAAGCCAUCUCAGCGCAAAAUCCUCUUCGCAUGCUUUAAAAGAAAGCUGAAAGGCGAGAUAAAAGUUGCCCAGCUCACCGGCUAUGUCGCCGAGCAUUCGGCGUAUCAUCACGGUGAAGCGUCGCUCCAAGCCACAAUAGUGAACAUGGCUCAGAACUUUUGUGGUUCUAACAACAUCAAUCUUCUCACGCCGUCUGGUCAAUUCGGUACGCGUCGAAUGGGUGGCAAGGAUGCUGCCUCGGCUCGAUACAUUUUCACCAAACUCGAGCCAAUCACAAGAGCCAUCUUUCAUCCGGACGACGACGAGCUCUUAAGCUACAUAAAUGACGACGGUGUGACCGUCGAGCCAGAGUAUUAUGUACCCGUCAUCCCCAUGAUUCUCGUCAACGGAGCUGAUGGAAUUGGUACGGGCUGGUCCACGUCAGUCAAUAACUAUAAUCCAAGGGAAAUUGUACGCAACCUGCGCCGUAAGAUUGCUGGUGAAGAUUUUGUCGCAAUGGCGCCCUUUUACAGUGGCUUCAAAGGCGAGAUUAUUCCUGUUGAUUCCAACUCCCGCCGAUCUGGAUCGUACGAUAUGCUUGGCAAAGUCGAACGCAUCAAUGACACAACGAUCAUUAUCUCUGAAUUACCCGUUCGGAAAUGGACUCAAGACUACAAAGCCUUCCUUGAGAUCAUGUUGACUGGCGACGGGAAAAAGAAACUACCAGAGAUCAAGGAUUUUACUGAGAAUCACACUGAGACAACUGUCUCAUUCACCAUCAUUGCCGAGAAAGAGAAAAUCGACGAAUUUGAGAAAGAGAAAGCCGGCUUGAUGGGUAAAUUUAAGUUGACUGGGUCGCUCUCUACUUCGAACAUGACGCUUUUCGAUGAAAGAGGAAGAAUCACAAGAUUCGAAGAUCCUGAAUCGAUUAUGAAUGCUUUCUACGAUAUCCGUCUAGACUUCUACGAUAAACGAAAGAGGUUGCUGGUCAAAAAGCUGAAAGAGGAACAACGAAAACUCUCCAACAAAGCCAGAUUCGUGGAGGAAGUGUGUCGUGUGGAACUUGUUGUCAACAAUCGUAAAAGACAGGACAUUCUACACGAGCUUCGAAAUCGGGGCUAUGAGACUUUUGGGGCAGAUGCACGUUCGAAAGAGACUAGCGACAGCGAUGGCGAGGAGGAUUCUAUCAAUGAGAGCCAGUCCGACGCUGAACUCGCUCGAGGGUAUGAGUACCUCCUUGGAAUGAAAAUUUGGUCGCUGACCUUCGAGAAAGCUGAGGAGCUGCGACGUAAGCUUGGUGAAAAAACUACGGAACUCAACGCGUUGCAGGGUACUUCACCUUCUGAGUUAUGGUUGAACGACCUGGAUGA